UGGGGCAAAAGCUUAAGCAAGCCAAGCUGCAAAAUUAUAUGUUCAAGUUAAAAAAAAGGGUUUUAAGAUUGUUUGUGCAUGAAGCAAGAGAGCGGGAGAGUUUUCUUAAAACCCCAAAGACCAAAACAGUACGAAGUUGUCGUUUUAUAACUCAAGGAAAGUGCCGUGUGAGCGUCACGUCCCAGCUCUUUCCUUUGCAUACUCUCAUGAUAUCUUCCCUUUCUCUUUUGUCUCUUUGGUAGCAUCGGAAACUUCGAAUUAAGGUCAAAUCAGUUCUUUCUCUUUGCCCCAAGUCUUGUUUUUGAAAUACAAAUGAAGGGAAUUUUUUUACAGUGGAUUGAUUUUGAAUUUGUGAAUUUGGAGUUGGUUUAAAGGUUGAAGAAAAGGGAUUGGAAAAAGUCGGGUUUUUUUAAGGAUUUUACAGUGGCAUGAUUUGAAAGUAACUGAAUUUGGAGUUUGCUGAUAGAUUCAAGAAAAGCGUAACUAAAGAAAACUUUGGUUUUUAGGGGGGGGGGGGGGAAGUGAAGAAACUGAUUCAAAAGAUCAGAGCUAACAAGUAGAAGCGGCAAAAGUUUUCACAGAGAGAAAAAAUGGCGACUCUUGUGGAGCCACCGAAUGGGGUGAAGCCAAGGGGGAAGCAUUACUAUUCAAUGUGGCAAACCCUUUUCGAGAUUGAUACAAAAUAUGUUCCAAUCAAGCCUAUAGGGAGAGGAGCAUACGGCAUCGUUUGCUCCUCCAUCAACAAGGAAACCAACGAGAAAGUAGCCAUAAAGAAGAUCCACAAUGUGUUUGAGAACCGUGUCGAUGCUUUGAGAACUUUGAGGGAGCUGAAACUUCUCAGACGUAUCCUACACGAGAACGUGAUUGCUCUGAAAGAUGUAAUGGUGCCUACUCAUAGAACUGGUUUCAAUGAUGUUUAUUUGGUUUAUGAGCUCAUGGACACCGAUUUGCAUCAGAUUAUCAAAUCCCCUCAGCCUCUUUCCAAUGAUCACUGCAAGUAUUUCAUUUUCCAGUUACUACGAGGGCUUAAGUACCUACACUCAGCGAACAUUCUUCAUCGAGACUUGAAGCCUGGGAACCUCCUUGUCAAUGCUAACUGUGACCUGAAGAUAUGUGAUUUCGGGCUGGCACGAACCAGUAGAGGCAAUGAACAAUUCAUGACGGAGUAUGUUGUCACUCGCUGGUACCGGGCACCGGAGCUCCUACUCUGUUGUGAUAAUUACAGCACCUCCAUCGAUGUUUGGUCAGUCGGGUGCAUCUUUGCCGAGAUUCUUGGUCGGAAACCCAUCUUCCCUGGGACAGAAUGCCUCAACCAGCUUAAGCUAAUUAUCAAUGUCCUUGGAAGCCAGCAAGAGGCUGAUCUUGCAUUUAUCGAUAACCCCAAAGCCAGAAGGUAUAUCAAGUCACUUCCCUACUCUAGGGGCACACAUUUUUCUCACCUAUACCCUCAAGCCGAUCCAUUAGGCAUAGAUUUGUUGCAAAGAAUGCUCGUUUUCGAUCCAUCUAAGAGAAUUACCGUUACAGAAGCACUCCUACAUCCCUAUAUGUCGGGGUUAUAUGAUCCGAGGUCCAAUCCACCUGCACAAGUACCGAUCGACCUCGACAUAGAUGAGAACAUAGGAGAACAAAUGAUUAGAGAGAUGGUGUGGAUUGAGAUGCUUCACUACCACCCUGAGAUUGCAUCUGCAAAUGCUUAGAUGUUGAUCGUCUUAUCUAUGAUCGUUUCUAUCGCUGUGUAAUAUGCUUUCAGAACCAGUAUUAUUGUUUGACCUAGAACACUAUUGAGAGCUAUAAUAUGCCCUGGGAGUUGGCAACUACCAAAAUGUUUUGUUUACCUUUGACACUUGAUUUUUUAGUAUUGGGUUCUUUGUGGCAGACUCUGGCAGUGUAAUUUGUAGAUAUUUAUGGUAUUAUAUUUAAUCCAA